AAGAAAGCGAGCGACAUGGCGGCGGCGGCCAAGCCCGAGAACCUCUCCCUCGUGGUGCAUGGAGCCGGGGACUUACGCCUGGAAAACUACCCUAUCCCUGAACCAGGCCCAAAUGAGGUGCUGCUGAAGAUGCAUUCAGUUGGCAUCUGUGGCUCAGACGUCCACUACUGGCAGCAUGGUCGAAUUGGGGAUUUCGUUGUGAAAAAGCCAAUGGUACUGGGGCAUGAAGCUUCAGGAACAGUCUUCAAAGUGGGACCACUGGUAAAGCACCUGAAACCAGGUGAUCGUGUUGCUAUUGAACCUGGUGCUCCCCGAGAAACUGAUGAAUUCUGCAAGAUUGGCCGAUACAAUCUGUCACCAUCCAUUUUCUUCUGUGCCACACCCCCUGAUGAUGGAAACCUCUGCCGGUUCUACAAGCACAAUGCAAACUUCUGCUACAAGCUUCCUGACAAUGUCACCUUUGAGGAAGGGGCCCUGAUUGAGCCACUCUCUGUGGGGAUCCAUGCCUGCCGGCGAGCUGGAGUCACCCUGGGGAACAAGGUCUUUGUGUGUGGAGCUGGACCAAUUGGACUGGUCACUUUGCUCGUGGCCAAGGCAAUGGGAGCAGCUCAAGUGGUGGUGACUGAUCUGUCUGCCUCUCGGUUGUCCAAAGCCAAGGAAAUUGGGGCAGAUCUUAUCCUCCAGAUUUCCAAAGAGAGCCCUCAGGAAAUUGCCAGUCAAGUGGAAGGUCUGCUGGGAUGCAAGCCGGAAAUCACCAUCGAGUGCACAGGGGCAGAGGCUGCCAUCCAGGCGGGCAUCUAUGCAACACGUUCUGGUGGGACCCUGGUGCUUGUGGGGUUGGGCCCCGAGAUGAUCACUGUGCCCCUGGUGCGUGCAGCAAUCCGGGAAGUGGACAUCAAGGGCGUGUUUCGAUACUGCAACACGUGGCCGAUGGCGAUUUCAAUGCUUGCAUCCAAGUCUGUGAAUGUUAAGCCUUUAGUCACCCAUAGGUUUCCUCUGGAGAAAGCUCUGGAAGCCUUUGAAACAUCCAGAAAGGGAUUGGGGUUGAAAGUCAUGCUGAAAUGUGACCCCAGUGACCAGAAUCCUUGA